AUGACUUCGAAGUGCAAUCCGAGAUGUUUUAUUGAUAUUUCCAUCGGAGGCCAACCUGCUGGUCGAUUAGUGAUAGAACUAUUUGCAAAUAUUUGCCCAAAGACAUGUGAGAAUUUCAGAUGCCUUUGCACAGGUGAACAAGGGGUCAGCAAACAUUCUGGCAAGAAACUCUACUACAAGUCCUCUUUGUUUCAUAGAGUCGUCAGAGGUUUCAUGGUUCAGGGCGGAGAUUUUGAUAAAGGGGAUGGUACUGGAGGGGAAUCAAUAUAUGGAUCACAGUUUCAAGAUGAGAACUUUGAUAUGAUACACGAUAAGCCUGGCCUCCUAUCAAUGGCGAACAAGGGUCCAAACAGUAAUGGGUCUCAAUUCUUCAUAAAACACGUAGUGUUUGGUCACGUGAUCAGUGGUUUUGAGGUCGUGGAGGUCAUAGAAAAGUUGGAGACGGAUGCCAAAGAUCGACCCAAAGUUCCUGUCGUCGUUUCAAACUGCGGGGAAUUAGUACUGAAAAAAAGGGAAGCAAAAAAACAAAAGACCGCAACUAAAGGUGGCAGUGAUGAUGAUGAUGGUAAUAAAAGCAGUGAUAGUAGUAGUAGUAGUAGUAGUAGUUCGUCUUCAUCUUCAUCAUCAUCGUCAUCAUCAUCAUCAUCAUCUGGAAGUGAACAAGAUGGAAAGAAGAGAAAAAGAAAGAGAAAAAGAACGAAAAAGAAGAAGAGUAAGAGAGAUAAAAAGACAAAAGGCAGUGUCGUUGGGCCCGAUAUUGAAAGUAACGCAUCAGCAACAAUUGAAGACGAUAAGAAGGACGCAUCAACAAAGAGCAUAAUUGAAAGUGAAACUGGAUUCUACUGCUCCAUCAAUCCGGGUGAGAUCCCGGAAAUCCCGAUGAAUAAAUUUCUAUACAGAAAAAGUCCGAAAAAGCCUGAUGUUUCUAAAUUUAGCAACGAGGCCACUGUUGCUUGUACUACUGCUGCUGCUGCUGAAAGAAGGGAAGAGGUGACGAAGAGGAUGAAGAUGAUGGAGCGAGAGAAAAGAAGGCAGCAAGAAAGGAGUGACAGCUAUGCCUGGAGAGAUAUGGAUGAAAGGAGAGAGGCAGAUAGGAACUGUGAGAAGAGGAAAAUUAAAGGAAGGGGAGCAGUGAGGUAUCAUUCGCGGUCGAGAAGUAGGUCACGUGGGACGACCCCACCCCAUUGGAAGAGGGAACAAAUGAGGUUAACCAGUCUGGAUGAGGCCUUGAAAUCUAUUAAUAACUCAAAAUGGAACAAAGGUGAUAAUGUGCCGACCAAAGAUAAACACAACGACAGCAAAGAUAACGAAGCCGAACCUGACGAUCACAAUAGAAGGGCAAGUUGCAAGCACCAGAAGGAUGUAAGUAGCAAUAAAAGUAAAAGGAGGGGAUUCGGAAAACGAGAUGACGAUAAUGGAGACGCUGAUGAUAAUGAUCGUGAUGAUGGUGGCGGCGGUCAUGAUGAUGAUCGCUGGGGCCGGGGAAGGAAGGAUCGUAUGCUGUCUGACAUGUUCUCAUCCAGUGGGAAGCAACUUGUCUGCAUUGAGAGUUACGACGCUAGGAACGUUUUACUCAAUAGAAGUAAAAAUAGCACAGCAGCCACUGCCUCAACUGCUGCUGCUGCUGACGAUGACGAUGCUGACCGUCAUCAUCAUCAGCACCGUUCUCAUCAUCAGCGUGGAAGACAUAAUGAUGAUGAUGAUGAUGAUAAAAAAUGGAAGCGGAAAUCUUCAUCAUCCUCGCCCAAAGUACGAGUUGUGCAGUCUAAAAUUAGCAUCAUAAAAAACAGAAACGCAGACGAUGAUGAUGAAGACGACGAUGACGAUGAUGAUGGGGUGACCAAAGAUCAUAAAAGGCAUAAUGAAGGUGAAAAGAUUAAUAAGAGACAUCCAGAGGCAUCGUCAUCUGAAUUAUCACCAUCGAAAAUUCGAAGGACCAUUGGUGAUGAUGCCGUUUAUGAUCCUGUCAAAAAAUCAACCGACAGAGGAGGCAGAGAAGUGCUCAGUCACAAGGCUGCAAAUAUGGAAGAGGAUUCCAAAAAAGGUCGUAAUAGACGUCACGCUGAUGAUGUGAAGUCGACUAAUAAAAGUUUCGACGAUGAAACGCCGAGGAAGCUCAGUCGCGAACGACGUGCUGAUAAAAAAUCCAGAAAAAAUGAUGCCACAAAAUCGAGAGGCGAUGAUGAUGAGGAGGAGGAGGAAGAGGAGGAUUUGAAGAAAAAGAAAUUUUCAAAAGAUGGUUUGGAAAUGAGACGACAUGAUGCUGCUGCUGCUGCUGCCGAUGAUGAUGGUGAUGGUGGUGAAGUCAACAGAUCCAAGUUUGUGGAAGAGAGAGCACCUGAUGAUAGGAAGAUGAGAGAGAAUGUAAAAAGUGAUUCUGCUUCAAAAAAUUCUUCCAAGAACAACGCUGCCGACGAUGAAGAUGCAGAGGCUAGGAGGUAUAGGAGGGCCGGAAGGAAAAGAAAAUCGCGAUCACCCGACAGAAGAGCAAUUAUGUCAAGUUCAUUUCAGGGUCGUCGGUCUUCUGAUGCAAACAGAACCGCGUCACCGAGAGUUCAAAGAGCAGCUAGAGGACAGUCAAAUGAGAGCCACGAAAAUGUGAAUAAACAGAGGUCUCGAUCGGUGAGCAGUUCAAAAAAUGUUGGAACUUCAUCCCCUCCACGAAAAAAAAACAGGUCCAAAUCGCAGGAAAACAUUUCGAGGUUCGAUAGAAGUAAAAACCGAAUCGAUAGAAGCAAAUCUAGGUCACCUAGGCGAAGAUCUAGGUCAAAUAAACAAAGAUCUAGACCAGACAGAUCUCGAUCACCACGAAGAAAAUCGAGGUCACCAAGAAGAACAAGAAGAAGUAGGUCAAGGUCGAGGUCUGCCAGGAGAAGAACGAGCAGAAACCGAUCAAGGUCAAAUAGAUUCGGAUCAGGCAGAGAUAGGUCAGCCGGAAAUAGGUCGAGACAGGAUAGAAAUAGAUCCAGAUCACGAAACAGGUCCCAGCACAGGCGCGAUGAGAGAUACGACCGUCGUGGUAAUGCCAGCAACAGGUCUCCCCAAUCAUCUUCCUUCGAUAGGAAUAGGAGCUCAAAUUCGCGCUUGAAUCGUCAGAGAUCUCCUAACAAUAUGAAUAGAAAAGAG